AUGCGUCGAUUAUCCAUUCUCUCCUGGCAGCGCUCGUUCUCGAGACGACCGGCCUUCAACCAUAACGUGAAAUCUUUUUCAGCGCCGACCACGAGACGGCAAUGGCUGUCCACGACAUCAUGUCGAUCCUGUUCGUGCUCCGAAGCGCAGGCUGAACACUCCCCUUCCCCAGCAUCCACCGCGUCAAAUACGGAUUAUCGAGCUCUAGGAACCGCUCAAGAUCUCUUCACAACCUCCAUCUACAGUCCUGGAUCGCCUCUUUUUCUACCCAACGGCACCCACGUCAUCAACCGACUGAUCUCGUUUCUCCGCACACAGUACCUUCAAUACGGGUUCCGCGAAGUUCUGACGCCGACAAUUUACAAGCGUUCUCUAUGGGAGGUUUCGGGCCAUUGGCAAAAUUACAAAGAUGACAUGUAUGAGGUCAAAGGUCGAGGAGCUACAGGGGAAGCCGACGGAGAAACUGGCGAGGACGAAUCGUACGGCCUGAAGCCGAUGAACUGCCCCGGCCACUGCCUCCUUUUCAAGUCGCAGAACCACUCAUAUCGCGAACUGCCCAUCCGUUACGCCGAUUUCAGCCCUCUCCACCGUAACGAAAUCUCGGGGGCCCUGAGCGGGCUUACCCGUGUCCGACGAUUCCACCAGGACGAUGGGCAUAUCUUUUGCCGACCGCAGCAGAUCAAGGGGGAGAUCGCGUCCGCGCUGGGGUUUGUCGAUAUGGUGAUGACAACGUUUGGUCUGGGACCAUACCGUCUCGUACUCUCUACUAGGCCGGAGAAGGACUUUAUCGGGAGCCUGGAACUGUGGGACAGCGCGGAGGCUCAGCUGCGGGAAGCCUUGGACAACAGUGGGAGGGAAUGGGCCAUGAACGAGGGUGAUGGCGCUUUCUACGGGCCGAAGAUCGACAUUCAACUGCAAGAUCAAGCAGGGAAAUAUCACCAAUUAUCCACGAUCCAGCUGGAUAUGAAUCUGCCGCAACGGUUCGGAUUGGAGUACCAAGUUGCGGAGGGCGAAGAGGACUACAACCCGGCGACUCCAGGAAGAGCGACGCCCGUGCUGGUUCACCGGGCCAAUUUUGGGUCGCUGGAACGCUUCCUUGCCCUGCUCAUCGAGCAAUAUGCCGGUCGCUGGCCGUUCUGGCUCUCCCCGCGCCAGGGUAUCAUACUGACGGUCAACCAGGAUGAGGCGGUGCUGAAACAGGCACAAGACGCUGCUGCAAAGAUCUCGGGCUUCCGUCCGCUUGUUGCUGGCAAGGACAAUGCAACCUCUCCGAAGCCUCUUUCAUCCGUCGAUUCCACAUACCUGAUCGAUGUCGACACCAGCAGCCAGACACUCGGGAAGAAGAUUCAAAGGGCGAAACAGAUGAAGUACAAUUUGAUUUUUAUCCUCGGGCCUAAAGAUGUGGCGGACUCGAGUAUCACGGUCGAUGUGACAGGUCAAAUGCAGACCAAAACGGAUGCAAAUGGACAGAAAUUGAAGGAAGUGCUCGAGACAAGGUUGGGGCAGAACGCUCUUCAGAACCCACGGGCAGUCAAGCUGAAGGUCGAUGAGGUCCAUGAUCUGUUGAUGCAGCUGGAGAAGCGAUUUGUCUGA